GCUCUUGAGUGAACUUCCGUUGUUCUUCUUCGAACUUCGAACAUCGGUGUUGUUGAAAUCGUUCUGUUUCUCUGCGGACGUUGCCUUUCAUUUGCUGGUUCUCAGAAUAAAGUGAAGAAAAUUCGGAACAAAACGCAAAGUUUUCACCAUUUUAUUGCUUCUUAUUGAGUCAAUUAGUUUUGUGCAACAGGUUUUCAUCAUACUUUGAAAAAUGCCGAAGAAACCAGCAGCGAAAGGGCCGUUCUUUUUCUUCAUGUUGGAAUUUCGCCGUCGCGAAGAGAGCCGCGGCAAGAGCUUUACCGGCGGAAUGGACCAAGUGAUGCGCGAAGCCGGUCCGCACUGGAAUAAACUGAGCGAUGCCGAACGGGAAGUGUACAAGGAUCGCGCCAAAGCAUACAAGGAACUACCGAAACAAAACUAUGGCGAGAAGUACACGGCCCAGGGCAUUGCCUUCUCCCAGGUGGAGAUGGAGAAACAGCAGCUCAUGAAGAAACAGGAAACGAUCCGGAAAACAAUCUCCGAAAUGAUUCAGACCGCUGUGUUAAAUAACGCAUUGGAGAAGUUGGAGGUGUUCUUCAUGUCCUGCAACUAUUUCUGUAAAACUUCGACGGAAGUUUACGUUCCGGCAGAGUUAGCUUUGAUCAAAUACAACCUGGAGCUUGGCGUUCUUGAUAAAUACCACCAGCUUAUUAAUCCAGUUCGAUUGCCACUUGGUCUGGCCCACGAAGCAAUGACCUACAGCGAACAGACUCACGAGCUUCCGACACCGCCGAACGCAAUGGGAGAAACGGAUUUCGACGCUCUGCUGCAGAAGAUUUUGAGCUUUACUGACUACAACAAUAAGGCUUUCAAAAAGCUGCCUAUUAUGACGGAUGCCAAGGAAGUUCCGAUAAUUGAAAGUCUGUUGAGUCAGCUCAAUGAAGAAGUAAAACUGGAGUAUCAAUUUUUGGUGAUUCCUCUGGGGGAAUUUUUCUUCCACUUGAAACGUGCAACGGAAAAGUACGGCCUGGAUAUUUGUACCUUUCCGACCAAAACUGUGGCGGACAUUUUAUUAAAGAAGGAUGCAUACGAAUACACCAGCGGUAUUGCUUGUGACUUUCACGAAAAGCAAGGCAAUCAAAGGUUCUGCGCACUAUCCAAGGUGGUUCGCUGGUCGUACAUAAUCUCGGAUAAUUGUUGCUUGGAUUUGAGCAUCGAUCUCAUAGCCGGCCGUCACUUGCCAUCGAACGCUGAUACAACGUUGUGUUCGGAUUUGUACGAAACCACUUCCAGAACGAAUCAAAGUCAGUCUGAUGGAAUGUCUUUCGUGUCGGCAUCGGAACUGACUCACUUCACGCUGCCGAAGAUUCAGAAGGUGCAAUCGAAGGUACCGUUCCGUUGUGUGGCGGAGGACAAAAAUGGUUCCGUAAUCUACAGCUCGCGUACGGUAGCGAAGAAGGACGUGAAGAAGGAAGAGUCCGAUGCAGAGUCGGCCCCGUCGAUCAAUCCGUUCUACAUGGUGGACGGCAACGAAAGUGUCUACGCUCCGAGUUAUCCACCGAAGAGCAGGGCAGGAAGCAGCAGCAACUACAAUCCGUUCAGCCGACAGAAAAAGCUAGACGAAGUUCGUGAACCACACCAGGGGUUGGGCGUCAAGGGUAAAGGUCGCGGACGAUUGGUCGCGGCUGCUAACAACUCGUUCAGUUCCAUGCUGAAAGGGACAGGACGUGGAAUGGGUCUUUUUGCCGGAUUGUCAUCGGUUGGAACGAGUUCCUCCAUUGGAGUGAGCGAUGACGAAAAUUGAUCGUUUUGGUGAGUUGGUGAUGUUGUUCGAUCGACUGUUACUCAAAUAUGCUUAAUAAUUUCAAAAUUUGCUUUGUUGUGUGAUAUUUGGCAAGUGUCGAUCCAAUUGUUUUACGUCGUGACAAAUUUCCAAUUCUAAUUUGUUCCUUACACGGUGAAAUACAAGUGCUAUGUUUCCCACAACAUUAAAUCUGGCAAGAAACUGCAUUCAUGUUUUUUUUUUAGUUAAGCCUUUCUUUUUAUACAGAUAUGUCUACAAAAUGGUAGCAAUAAAUCAAUGAAAUCGA